AUAAUAUAAUAUUAUUUUCUUUAUUUAUUUAUAAAACAAAGUUAUUUAUUAUAGAUUAAAGGUUUAUAUGAUAAAAAGCAAAAAUGGCUUCAUAUUUACCCUCCUCAAUACCAGCCAAGCAAGAACAGUAUUCAGAGUAUAAACUUCGAGUUCCAAGAAAACUGGUUAAAAAAUACAAUGUUAUGAAGAUAAAUUCUCCAAAGCCUUUGAAAAUUGAAUCUAUAAAAGAAGCUAACAUGGUUCGCAAAACAAAAAAGCAACUUUAUGUAGAAGAUGAGACCUCAAAUAUACCAGCUUUUGGUGCUGGAAGUGUAUAUAACUAUGACCGGAAAGAAGAAGCCAGGCGUAAAAGACGUGGUUAUAUUAUGAAAGAAAUAAACAAAGAUGACUUACCAUAUGCUUUGAGACUUGGUGGAAAGGGUGGGAAAAGGUUCACUGGGCGAAAAGAGCCUAUUGAACAUUCGGCAUAUUACAUUCUUACACAAUGUCCAGAUGGUGUUUUUGAAGCUGUUCCAGUUCAAGCUUGGUAUAAUUUUAUGCCUGAUAUCAACUACUCCACAUUGACUGCUGAUGAAGUAGAACAUGAAUUUUCAAAGCGUGAUAGAACACUUAGCUAUUUUACAAAUAAAUACAAGUUAGGUACAUCCACUGAAGAAGAAGAAACUGGAAAAAAGAAAAAUAAAGAGGAUGAUGGCGGUUUAAUUAUUCAUGAUAACUUGGAAGAUGCUGACACGGAUAACUAUCCAGAUGCUAAUUUUGGUUCCGAUGAAGAGGAUAAUGAAAAAAAAGCAUCAGUGCCAGUAAAAAAGAAUAAAAGUGCUUUUGCAAGUAAACCAAAAAAAAGUGAUGAUGAUGGAUCUGACGAAGAAGAAGAAACCGAAAAUUUUGAAUCUAAAGAAGUUGAUUAUAUGUCUGAAUCUUCAUCUGAUAAUGAGGUUCUUGACAUUGAAGAUGAACCAGACCCCAAUAAAGAAGAUGCUGCAAAGCCUAAAGAUGACCUUAACAUUUUCUCUGAUUCUAGUGAUGAAGAUGCUGAAGAUAAAGAUCUUAAUGAAGCUGGAAAGGAGCUUAAAGCUAUUUUAAAAAAAGAGAUCGGUGGAGAAAGCAGUGAAGAAGAAGUAGACGAUGAAGAUAUAGACGAUGAAUACUCAAAAUCAGCAAUUUUCAUGCAAGGUGGAAAGAAAAAAAAGAGCAGUAAUUCUAACUCAGUUCAAGGAAGUCGCUCAUCAACUCCGAUUCAAAAUGAGCUAGCAUCUGAUACACUUAAUCAAGCUGUAAAGUCGCUUAAAGAAGGUAAAGCUGGUUCUAAACGUGCACAUGAAGCUUCAUUAUCUAGUACCCAAUCUAAAAAACCAAAGAUCAAGCCAUCUGGAAGUCUCACUGUAAAUGAUAAUAAAAAGUCAGACAUGAAAGCUUGGGGCUCUAAUAGUCCAUCAUCAGAUUGCAUCACGGAAGAAACUAUUCGUCGAUAUUUGAUGCAUAAACCUAUGACUACUACUGAUUUAAUGAGGAAAUUUAAAACAAAAAAGACUUGUUUAAGUAAAGAACAAACUGUAACAGCUAUUGCUGCAAUUUUAAAAAAAAUUCAACCUCAUCAAGAAAAAAUUGAUGGCAAACUUUUCUUGUCCAUUAAACCAAGGAAAUAAAGUUUAUAUUUAUACAUUUUUAGUUAAUUUCUUAAGUUCUGUAAAAACUGUGAUCAAUGUAUGAAAGAUUUUAUUUAUAAAA